AUGGCCAACGAAGCUUUCCCCCUCGAUGUUAUUCAAGAAGAAGAACCGGAGGAAGAUUUGGAAGAAUGGCAAAGGACAAACGACCCCGCUCAGCUAAAACAGCACCGUACGCAGGCCAAGAGAAUCCACACGAUGGCACUCAAUCAAGCUCUCCUUGCCGUCCGAAUGCAGGAAGAUGUUGGAACAAUCGAGAUUGAGCGAACAAGCCUGGUUCGUGCAUACGACAUCGUUGAAAGAAUUCACCGUCGCUACGUGGAAGUCUGCAAGUUCGACGGCGAAGAUCUAGACAGAGAAACCAGCUGGGGAAUUGAUAUUUCCAUCAAACACUCGAGGGCGUUAACCGACAUGGCCAACUACAUCGACUCCCUUCAGGCCCGCGCAAGAUCAGUUGCAGGUUCCAGCCGUAGUAGUGUUUCCAACCGUUCAUCAACCUCAUCGACACGACGUAAACUUCAGGAGGCCGAGCGGUUAGAAAAGGAAACGCAACUAAGGAUUCAACAGGAAAAAGCCGAAGCCUUACAACAAGCCGAAGAGGAAGAACGUAGAAAGCAGUUCGAACUUGGCAAGAUGCAGCUCGAAAUCGCCAGAAAGGCAGAGGAAAAGCGGGUUGAAGCAGCACGUAAGGAACGACAACUGAAAAUGGAGUUAGAGAAGCAACGUUACACUAGCUCCUUGUUACGUAAACAACUCGCAGACGAAUUAGCGGAAACCGAAGAGACGGAUGAAAUCGAAACGUCCGGGUUUGAUAAAACAGAUGUCUGGAAAACUUCUAACGUCCCAUUUCAUGCACCCGCUACGCCUGUUCCAGAAUUCUGCAUGCCGUACAGACCAGCAACGACAACGCAACCAUGCUCUCAACACGGGCCGGCUGCGUCCCAACAGCCGUUUACGUUUGACCAGCCAUCUUCGUCGUUUCCUAACUUGAACGUCAACGCCUCAAGCUACGCACCCACAAACAUAUUCGAUCGGGUAGCUCAGCAAAUCAACUCCAGCGCACGUCCGCCGUCACAUCCAACAAUCGCGAUGUCGGCGCCUCCCGUACACAACCGAUUUACGCAACAAACGUUUCCGUCCCAGAGACCAGUUCCUGAUUCGCAACCAACGGUGUACUCCCCUGAUGCCUGGAUAUUCACCGUGAAUCGUCAUGACGCACCUCCGACAUUUCGUUCAUCAUCGAGACCGCCGAAAGCUGAACCACCGAAGUUUGACGGCAACCCGAUAAACUGGCCUAUGUUUAUCCAGUCAUUCAAGGUUCAGAUCCACGACACAUGUUUCAGCGAUGCCGAACGUCAACAUCAUCUACGUGCAUGCCUGACGACCGAAAUUCAGAAGAACCUCGGUGAAGUUCUACUCAACCCUGGAUUAUACUCCUUUGCAUUGAAAGAGCUGCAUCGGAAGUUCGGAAAUCCAAGAAUCGUAUCAACCGCCUGCUCUUCAUUGCUUCUAAAGCUACCUUCGUUUAAAGAUAGCGACUACGAAUCUUUAAAGCAGUUUUCGUCCACACUCCGUUCAGUCGUCGCAACUUUGCAACUGGGUGGAUAUGGAUUGGAGCUACACAGCAGCACCACUUUGGCUCAAUUGGUUGGAAAAUUGCCGCCCAACCUACGCAGUAAAUGGGCCGAAGUGAGCUAUCGAAUUCAAGAUAGAUUGCCUACGAUACUCGACCUGGACACGUGGCUCGAUGACGUUACGAUGGCGGAGUAUUUCGUCCGUGUUGGCGUCGACCCCACAUUCCAGCAAGGCAGUCAUCCGAAGACUCGAGAAAACGUCCACAAAUCGUCUAACGAAAAACCGAAGAAGUCGACCACGCCCCCUAUGGUCUUCUCCACAACCGUAAACAUCGCAUCCUGCCCAUAUUGUGACGGUGCUCAUCGCCUUUACCUCUGUGAGAAGUUUAAGGCGUUAAAUCCCACGGAGCGAUCGGAGGUAGUCAAAGAAAAAAGAUGCUGUUACCGGUGUCUCGACGACCGCCAUCUAAGUUCCGAGUGUAAAAGGGAAAAGGAAUGUGGAACAGAAGAUUGUAAACGUCUUCACCACCCUCUUCUCCACGGAGCACCGAGGAUGUAUCCGAAAACGCCACAAUCGAGCCUGACGUCACACUCUUCUCGAAAGGGCCCAUUUAACGGCGCGGUCUCCUACGGCUACGAAAACGAAACGACCCUGCUGCCUAUCGUCCCUAUGGUAAUCGAAGCUAAUGGUCGAACCUGGACCGGGUACGGAUUGUUGGAUCCCGGUAGCCAAAUCUCAAUGAUAACCAACGCGCUUGCAAACGAAUUGGGACUUCAAGGCGAGAAGGGAAUUUCGAUAAUCGGAACGUACCACGGCCGCGACCCAACUGCACACACGACAAAGGUGUCCUUCAGAAUCUCGUCGUUGGACAAAAGCAGUUCUUUCGAAAUCCCGAACUGUUACUCCGUUCCCGUCUUAAAAAUCAAGAACGAAAACGUCGAUCUAAAGAAGCUUGUCAAGGAUUGGCCUCAUCUAGCUGGAUUGAAGGUUCCCGCCCAAAAUUCCGUGGACGUGAACGUGUUGAUCGGCUCGUGUGAUAUGGCUCCGCAAGAAGUCCUUGAAAUCAAAAGAGAUCCGUUGAACGAGCGAGCUCCGCGAGGUCUCCGAACAGCCUUUGGAUGGUGUAUAGCCGGUCCGAUUUCUCCGGCCGCCGUUGCACAACUUCAGUGCAACUCGCUCUCAUUAGCGCCCCCACCCGAUCAAGAUCUUGUGAAUGCGAUCGAUCGCUUUCUACUCACCGAGACCUACGAAGCCCGAGCAGGUGUCAAGGUGCCGGUCAGCGACGAUGAAUUACGUGCAAACAAGAUCCUAAACGAAACGACAAGAUUCGUAGGCGAUCGUUACGAGUCGGGACUCCUCUGGAAAAACGAAGAGCCGAACCUCCCCGACAACAGCCAGUCUACACUAGCUCGCUUCCUAAAGCUAGAACGAAGACUCAUCGCCGACGAAAAUCUUGGUAGAAGAUACUCCGCUGCAAUCAACGAAUACAUCAGCCUUGGUCACGCCCGAAAACUUUCAGCCGAGGAGGUCGAUUACCGUCCAGCUGGCCGUACCUGGUUUCUACCUCACCACCCUGUGAUAAAUCCGAAGAAACCUGACAAAUGCCGCCCAGUUUUUGAUGCCUCCGCGUACUACAAGGGAAUGUCGCUGAACUUUGCCCUGCUGAAAGGACCUGACCUGCUAACCAACUUAAUUGGUGUGUUGCUACGUUUCCGGCAACAUCCGAUGGCAUUGAGCGCGGAUAUCGUAAAGAUGUUCCACCAAGUAAGAGUGCGGCCACAAGACGGGCCGGCACUUCGCUUCUUCUAUCGCGACCCGGGUAUACAGGAACCGCCCUCCGUUUACCAAAUGAACGUGCAACCCUUCGGCGCAGUUUGCUCCCCGACAAUUUGUGCUCACGUUCUACGUCAAGCAGCCGAAGACGGUGGGAUUGAUGCAGCCGACGCUACGAAACAAGUAAUCGACCAUUUCUACGUGGACAACUGGCUGACGUCAUUCCCAACUGCCGAAGAAGCUAUUCAGCAAGCGAAAAGGGUGACAAACGUUCUACGUCGUGCAGGAUUCGAGCUCGCCCAGUGGGGCUCAUCAUGCCCGAAGGUUCUGCUGUCGUUGCCUGGCAACCCAGUUUCGUCUAUCGACUUAGCGCUACACGGAAUGCCCAUAGAACGGACGUUGGGCCUCUCACUCGACUACGGUAGCGACUCGUUCGUAGUGAGCGCAAGCAUUAAACUGGAUGGAGAGACGAAACGUGAAAUACUACGAGAAACGUCAAGCGUCUACGACCCAUUUGGUUUUCUCUCACCGGUGUUGCUACAAGCUAAACUCAUUCUGCAAGCUGUAUGCAGAAAAUCGGUUGGCUGGGACGAUCAACUAGACCAGACGACCAUCGAUGAGUGGCAAAAUUGGGCCAUCUCCCUCUCGAAGCUAAACCCGCUUUCCGUCCCACGAUGUUUUUACCCAGAGCUACCAAAAGCACGAGGUGUGGGACUGCAUCUGUUUGCUGACGCCUCCGAAUCAGCGUUUGGUGCCAUUGCCUAUCUCCGUUUCGACAUCCCCGACGGCGUUAAAGUGUCAUUCGUUAUGGCCAAGGCAAGAGUAGCACCUAUCAAAUACGUUUCGAUACCCAGACUUGAGCUGUGUGCAGCAUUACUCGCCGCCCGCCUAGCAUCAGUGAUCAAGUCAGAACUUCGACUAAAAAUCGACCAAACCACAUUUUGGUCAGAUUCGACAACGGUUUUGAGAUGGAUCAACUCCCCACACUAUCGGUUUCAUAUUUACGUCGGAAACCGAAUAGGCGAAAUAUUGGAGCUGUCCGAAAGUAGUCAAUGGCGUUACGUCCCUACGGCUCAAAACCCAGCAGAUGACGUCAGCCGCGGCGUCACGUCAUCUGAAUUUUCCAUCGAACAUCGUUUCUUCACCGGUCCGUCUUUCCUCUACCAAUCACCUCAAAAUUGGCCGGCCUUCCCCGAUGUAAAACAGGGAACUAACGAAGUAGAGGAUCCCGAAGUUCGCUGUACGAGAUGGGUUGGUGUGAUUCUACACGUAAACGAUUCCAUCGACCAGCUCACCACGUACACCUCCCGCUAUCCGUUUUUAGUCGGCGUUGUCGGCUACGUCAAACGUUUCAUCAGUAACGCUCGUAAAGAAAAAACUCAUCGCGAAUUCGGCAAAUUAUCGGAAACCGAGGUCAAGAAUGCGGAAGCAGAAUUGUUUAGGCGCGCUCAGAUGUCUGCCUUUCCAGAAGAUUAUAGCAAUUUAAAAGAGGGAAAGCAGCUCGAUCCUGGUUCAAGCCUAAUCACGUUAACGCCAUUCAUCGACCAUCAAAGAGUUUUACGAGUCGGAGGACGUAUUGAAAAUGCUCCAGCUGCACCUGAAGCUCGCCAUCCGAUCAUACUUCCAGCUGAUGAGAAAAUCACAAAGUUGCUAAUUUAUAGUCUCCACCUCGAGUUCGCACACUCCACUACAGAGAGAACCUUUCACGAGUUACGAAAGGUUUACUGGGUUCAACGUGGACGAAAAACGGUGAGAAGAAUUAUCAGCAAGUGCUUCAAAUGCAAGCAACACUACGCAAAAGCACUCUGCCCGAUGAUGGCCGCCCUUCCCGGUUACCGUCUGAAGCCUUUCUACCCCGCCUUUACACACACCGGAGUAGAUUUCUUUGGCCCGUACAACGUAAACAUAUUCAGACGGAAAGUAAAACGCUGGGCCUGUUUGUUUACUUGCAUGUCAUCAAGAGCCGUGCACUUGGAAAUGGCAUACUCUCUUGACACUUCGUCAUUCAUCAACUGCAUCAGUCGCUUUGAAGAUCGCCGUACGACUCCGCAACAUUAUCACAGCGAUAAUGGCACGAACUUUGUUGGAGCUGUGCGUGAAUUCUCCGAGUGUCUUCGUCGGAUGGAACAACUAGCCAUAAGAGAUGGACGAAAACGAAGAACAGUGACCUGGAGUUUCAACCCACCUGCCGCGCCACAUUUUGGUGGAACUUGGGAACGUCUAGUUCAGUCGUCAAAACGUGCCUUAAGAUUCGUACUUAACGAACAAACCCUGACUGACGAUACCUUAGUCACCACGUUAAUUCAAGUGGAGAAACUUCUCAACGGCCGCCCGUUAACGUAUGUAAGCGUAAACCCGGCGGAUCCCGAACCCAUCACGCCAAACCAUCUUCUCCUUGGACACGAAAAUCCGUACGUACCCUUCGACAUGUUCGACGAAAACGACAUGACGACCAAAAGGCAGUACCGCAUCGCUCAGUACCUCACGGAUUGUUUCUGGAGACGUUGGAUGAGGGAAUAUCUGCCCAGCCUUACGGAAAGACGGAAAUGGCUAUACGGACAAAAGAACCUCAACGUUGGCGACAUCGUGAUCGUUAUCGAGCCAGACACACCCCGUGGAGAAUGGCCCAUCGCUCGUGUCAUCAAGGUGUUCUCUGGACCAGAUGGCGUGGUCCGCUCCGCGAUCGAUCACCUACGUUCGGCCACCAAAACCUCCGAACUUCAUCGCCCAGCUGUGAAACUCUGCUUGUUGGAGUCUUGGGAUACGGAUGGUGCGUCCGCUUACGAACGCAGGGCCGGCUAUGUUCCGAAUCCUACAGCCCCAAAUAGUUAG